CCUCACUCUCACCCUGCAUAUAUAAUCCACUCUUUAGGACACAUUUCCUCACCCAAAAAAAUCUCAUUUCUUCACUCUACUGCUCCGCUCCUCGAUAGUAGAUUUUCGAAGCAGUCCUAGAUCUACGAGAGGUAAAAAUGAGAGAGAUCCUUCAUGUUCAAGGUGGACAGUGUGGUAACCAGAUUGGCUCUAAGUUCUGGGAAGUUGUCUGUGAUGAACAUGGCAUCGAUCCAACAGGAAGUUAUGUUGGCUCUUCAGAUCUUCAGCUGGAGAGAGUCAACGUAUACUAUAACGAGGCUUCUUGUGGAAGGUUUGUUCCUCGAGCAGUACUUAUGGACUUGGAACCAGGCACCAUGGAUAGUGUCCGCUCUGGUCCAUACGGACAGAUUUUCAGGCCUGAUAACUUUGUUUUUGGGCAAUCUGGUGCUGGAAACAACUGGGCAAAGGGGCAUUACACUGAAGGGGCAGAGCUUAUUGAUGCAGUGCUUGAUGUUGUCAGAAAGGAGGCUGAGAAUUGUGACUGUCUUCAAGGUUUUCAGGUGUGUCACUCACUGGGUGGAGGAACUGGUUCUGGAAUGGGUACUUUGCUUAUCUCAAAAAUCAGGGAGGAGUACCCUGAUAGGAUGAUGCUUACCUUCUCUGUAUUUCCAUCACCAAAGGUCUCUGAUACAGUUGUUGAGCCAUAUAAUGCUACCCUUUCUGUGCACCAGCUUGUUGAGAAUGCAGAUGAGUGCAUGGUCUUGGAUAAUGAGGCAUUAUAUGAUAUCUGCUUCAGGACUCUUAAACUGACCACCCCGAGCUGUAAGUUAACAUGAAAAAGUCCUUGAUAU